AUGAGCUCUAGACCCGUGAAUCAGUUGGAACAAUUUCAACACCACGGAUGUUAUCACCGAGAAUCCAAACCUGGAUGGGCUUUUCACGGCGCUGGUUAUGUAAAACUGUUCAAUUCCAGCAGAGGACCUUGUAAGCCCAAACUCCAGAGACAUGGUCAUCAAAGCAAUCAACCACCAGGGUGA